AGGACAUUUAGUAAUUUUCUGUUUGUUAUAUUCUUUACUUUUAGGGAGACCAAAAAGCAAUGAAGAAGUGAAUUUCAAAUGUACUCCUGGCGCUCUGCAGCAACUUUGUCGUAAAAAAUGCUACUGGUCGUUUCAUUUUGGCAUAAAACGUCAUAAUCAUAAUUAUAAGGCCACUGCUUUUACAAUAGAUCAAAAAAUGAUUGGACUUUGAGCUCGUUCCAAAAGUCAAAAGUUUACUUUCACUUAAAAAUAGAUCUCUUUUUUGAGGAACUUUGUCACAAAGUAAUUCCCAUCAUGUGAGUGUGUUGGGGCAUGUGCACCUCCUCCCUCUCCUUUUGCUUCUGCCUUUCUUCCCUCCCUUUCCAGCAUUCUCCUGCUCUCUCCACUUCACCCUCCCCUGCUGUACACCUCCUCACCCUCACUGUGUGCGCUGUCAAUAAUUGAUGAUUCUGACUGACUCAAAGGGUAACCGGUUCAGGGUGAAAAUACCUCCCUAUUUUUAUUUCUUUGUUUAGAAAUAUAUCUAAACUCUGUAAAACUCACUGCACUUAUGUUUAUUUGGGAUUGCUGGUCUGAAGUUGGAUGUGUUUUAUAGCUCGCACGUGGUGCACCUGUGACCACGAGUGGGUUAACGCCGCCUCUCCGGCUGACAACACAACACAGGGAGGAAAAGGAAGCUUAAAUGAGUGAGUGGCAGGGGGUAGAGAGGAGGAGGAGGAGGAAGAGGAGGAGUGGCAGACUGAUAGAGUGAAUUAAUUCAACCUCAGCCAGCUCUGAUUGACUGAGUAGCAAGCUGGCAUGUACAAAUAUUCCCCGUGACACCAAAACCAUGGAGAGGGAGAAGAGGAAUGACAUGUCCUUCUCUAGAAAGAGAAGUUUCACUUUUGGGGCAUACGGCGGUGUUGACAGAUUCACGUGUGGGGAUGAGACGAGACCUGACUCUGCAAAGGAGAAAAUACUGGAUAUUCUGGACUCUCCCACAAGUGGCAGCAAGUCUGUCCUUUCUUCCAGCUGCAAUCAGAGGGACACAGAACUGUUUGAAAUAAUCGAGAAGCUGCAAGGCAGCAGGAUCGAUGAGCAGCGCUGUGAAUUCCCACUGCCCCUGAAGUCUCAGCUUUUGACCGAAGGUGCAGACCUGCCCCUCAUCCUCCCUUCAGAGUCAGGAGGCUAUUGGAUUGACCCCCCGCUGGAGAGGCUUGCAGAUGUGAGUCCUCCUUCCUCCCACCAUGAACUCCACGUGGAGAGCUGUGACAUCAUGGAAAGAGAUGGCGAAGCCAAAACCUACCAGGAGUUUUUUCGUUUUCGAGUAAGACAACUUUUUCUGAAGGAACAAGUUUUGAAUCAAAUGACACUCAUGUUUUUUUUUUUUUUCCCCUUUAAGUACCACCAUUCAUUCACAGCUGCCGACCCAUCUUUGGGGCCACUGGUUCUUUCUGUGUGCUUGGAGGAAGAGGAAAAUAAGAUAAGAGUUAUUCUAAGGAUGAAGGAGUGCUCUCUGCAUGGAGUUUUCUCGAUGACCCUUUUUCCCAGCAUCCCCUCAGCUGUUGAAUUAGCAAAGAUGCUCUGCGACAAAGUGUCCGUCCCAAAGUUUGAUGUUGUCUGCCAUCUCAAGGCUCCAGAUCUCAUAACUGCUUUUGAUGAACACAGAGUGUCUCCUAAUUUUAAGUUUGGGGUUCUGUACCAAAAAGAGGGGCAGCUCACUGAGGAGGACAUACUGAGCAACAAAGAGGAAAGUGAAGAAUUUAAAGAGUUCCUGUCGAUCCUUGGAGAGACGGUUCAGCUGCAGGGAUUCACAGGAUUCAGAGGAGGACUGGAUGUGUGUCACGGUCAGACAGGAAGUGAAGCCGUCUACACUUCCUUUCAUGGAAGAGAAAUCAUGUUCCAUGUUGCAACAAAGUUACCUUACACAGACGGAGACCCACAGCAACUGCAAAGAAAAAGACACAUUGGUAAUGAUAUAGUAGCUUUGGUCUACCAGGAAGGCAACACCCCUUUUCUAUGUGACGUUAUCAAGUCUCACUUCCUGCACAGUUUUCUGGUGGUGCGAAGGAUUCAGAGGGAGGAGACAGAUGGGACGGCCUACCAAGUGUCUGUGACGGCCAGAGAUGAUGUUCCUCCGUUUGGGCCAGUCAUCCCUGACCCCCCCGUCUUCACACAACAUUCUCAGCUGAGAGACUUUCUCCUCACUAAGCUCAUCAAUGCAGAAAUUUCCUGCUACAAGGCUGAGCAGUUCAACAGACUGGAGCUCCGAACUCGCUCAUCGCUCCUGGAGAGCUUGAAGACUGAACUUUUCACCCGUUCCCAGUGCAUGAUGGGGGAUUCAUCGUUGGCUCCAGCAUCCGCUUCUGAGGGUGUGCGAGGAGCCUCUGAAGGAAGUGGCGGCUUUAUUGAAAAUUUUAAGAGAGCUAUUCGAGUGCGGAGCCACUCAUUUGAAACUCUGGGGGUGCCCAGGAAGAUCUCUGGCAAUUCAUCACAGAAGCCCAAGGUGGACAAAGAUGGAGAAAGUGACAAAUCUUCAGGGCCUUCGUCUGACAGUUUGGGGACCGUUGAACUCAAAGAUCAUGCAAGUCCUCAAGAGGAGACAUGAAGGAAUCUAUUGGAUAAUAUAAUAUGACACUACUAGCUUUUAUAGUUAUGAUUGAAUUACUGACUUGAAUCCUACAUGUAAAUAGAGUAUUAAAAAUAAAUAGUUUUUCAGAGAGUUCAAUUAUUUUAUGAUUAUAAUAGACUGUCCAGCAGAUUCCAAAGAAAUUUUAAGUUUCAUCUAAGUGAAACGUUUGACCAAAAAAAAAAAACUACCAGGGAGUUUUGAUGUUUCUGUGAUAGACAUACUAAGACUAAGACAGAAGAGUCAGUAUGAUAGCAUAUUCCAUAAAAAAUGAAGAUUGUUUUAGACAUCAUUUUGAUGAAAAAUAAAAUUCCUCUUGAUAUUUAUUAAACUCUGUUUGCAUUAAUUUCUUUAGACACUGGGGAAAAGGUUAAGUCAUGAUUAACUAAACAAAGUAAACAAAGAGCAUUAAGGCAUAUAAUGCCAUAUGACAAUAAAAUGCAUUUACCAAAAUGAGGCUACACAAAGUUUGCUUGGCAAAGCCAUAAGUAUAAUGGAAAAAAGAUUAUUAUAAAGCUGGGCUGCAACCAUUAUGAAAAAAAA